AUGGGCAGCAACGGGCGGCAACGGGCAGCACAGGCACAGGCAGCACAGGCACGGGCAGCAACGGGCAGCAACAGGCAGCAAAGGCUCGGGCAGCAACGGGCGGCAACAGGCAGCACAGGCACGGGCAGCAACGGGCGGCAACGGGCAGCACAGGCACGGGCAGCAACAGGCAGCAACAGGCAGCAACAGGCAGCACAGGCUCGGGCAGCAACGAGCGGCAAUAGGCAGCACAGGCACGGGCAGCAACAGGCGGCAACGGGCAGCACAGGCACGGGCAGCAACAGGCAGCAACGGGCAGCACAGGCACAGGCACCAACGGGCGGCAACAGGCAACACAGGCACGGGCAGCAACAGGCAGCACAGGCAUGGGCAGCAACGGGCGGCAACAGGCAGCACAAGCGUGGGCAGCAACGGGCGGCAGCGGGCAGCACAGGCACGGGCAGCAACGGGCGGCAACGGGCAGCACAGGCACGGGCAGCAACGGGCGGCAACGGGCAGCACAGGCUCGGGCAGCAAUGGGCGGCAACGGGCAGCACAGGCACAGGCAGCAACGGGCGGCAACGGGCAGCACAAGCACGGGCAGCAACAGGCAGCAACAGGCAGCAACAGGCAGCACAGGCUCGGGCAGCAACGGGCGGCAACAGGCAGCACAGGCACGGGCAGCAACGGGCAGCACAGGCACGGGCAGCAGCAGGCAGCAACGGGCAGCACAGGCACAGGCAGCAACGGGCGGCAACAAGCAGCACAGGCACGGGCAGCAACAGGCAGCACAGGCACGGGCAGCAACGGGCGGCAACAGGCAGCACAGGCACGGGCAGCAACGGGCGGCAACGGGCAGCACAGGCACGGGCAGCAACAGGCAGCACAGGCACGGGCAGCAACGGGCGGCAACAGGCAGCACAGGCACAGGCAGCAACGGGCGGCAAUGGGCAGCACAGGCACGGGCAGCAACAGGCAGCAACAGGCAGCACAGGCAGGCAGCCGUACCGAGACGCAAUUGAUAACGAUGACUUCGGUGAUGACUACGACAAUGAGGUGGAUCCCACAACGGGUGGCAUCAUCCCUGCCUAG